AUGAGUAAAUUUAAAAGUUCUUGGAUAGUUGCCGUAGUCGUGUUGUUUAUGUUUGGUUGGUUUCUUGAGAUCAGGGCUUUUAAUUGCUCUAAUCUGGAAGUGGAAGGAAUACGAUUCGACUUUACUGAGCUUAAUCAGACGUUUAACAUUACUAAUACUGAGGAGUCACCUCCUACAAUGAAAUAUACCACUUAUUUAAUAAAUCCGUGUUCCCCCUUAACUUACAAUAAUUCUGUUGAAAUUCCCAAUGAAAAUAUGUGUGAAGAUGGAACCUUUAUUUGCGAGAUUAUAACUCAUAAAUCGGAAAAUGUCACUUUA